AUGAUGAAAAAAUAUGAGAUGAGUGAUCUUGGCUUGUUGCAUCAUUUUCUUGGUAUUGAGGUUUACCAAGAUGAAUAUGGAGUUUUUAUUUGUCAAAAGAGAUAUGCCGAAAAUAUUUUAAAAAAGUUUGGCAUGUAUGACUGCAAACCUAUUGAUAUUCCUUUAUUGGUGAAUGAAAAAUUAAAGAAGGAAGAUGGUGGAAGAUUAGUAGAUGCAAGCGUGUAUAGAAGUUUGGUUGGAAGUUUGUUUUAUCUUACAACCUCAAGGCUCGAUUUAAUGUGUGCUGCUAGUUUACUCCCAAGAUUCAUGAGUAAACCAAGUCAUUUACAUCUCGGGGCAGCAAAAAGAGUUCUAAGGUAUGUCAUGGGAACCAUGGAGCAUGGAAUCAGAUUCGAGAAGAAUUCUAAACUUGAAGCUAAAGGCUAUUAUGAUAGUGAUUGUGCCGGAAGUAUUGAUGAUAUGAAGAGCACUUCAGUUUAUGUAUUCAACCUUGGUUCAGGUGUGAUCUCUUGGUGCUCAAAGAAGCAAGAUACUGUGGCACAAUCUUCAACUGAAGCUGACUAUUUAGCAGCUGGUUUGGCUACACAACAAUCACUUUGGUUGAGAAGAAUAUUAGAAGAUAUUGGAGAGAAACAAGAGGAAAGUCUACAUCUUCAUUGUGACAAUAAAUCAGCUAUUGCCAUGGCAAAGAAUCCUGUUUACCAGACACAUUAA